AUGAUUGCUUCUACUAUGAACUCUGUUAAAAGAGCCUACUUGAGUGCAGGUCAAGAGCAUCUAUUUAAGUACUGGAAUGAAUUAACAGAUGAUGAGAGAUCUUCAUUGAUGGAGCAACUUUCCAAUAUUCCAGAUCCUGCGAAAUUCCUCCAGGAUGUUCAAAAUGCCAUGGAUUAUUCUUCUUCUAUCUCUGAGAGUAGAGAGUUUGAGCCUUUACCGAAAUCAACUUCGUAUUCGUCAGUACUGGAUUCCAGUAAAGACACUUUGGAAGCAUGGAAUAAUAAGGGUCUAGAACUUAUUGCGAAAAGCAAAGUUGCCGUUGUUUUGAUGGCAGGUGGACAGGGUACCCGAUUGGGGUCUUGCAAUCCCAAGGGAAUUUAUGACGUGGGACUUCCAUCGCAUAAAUCACUAUUCCAAUUGCAAUGUGAAAGAAUCAUCAAGUUGAAGCAGUUGGCAGCAUCCAAAUCGUUAAAGAAGGACUUCCAAAUCAGUCUACCUUUAUAUGUUAUGACAUCGUGUCCUACUCGAGUGGCUACAGAGACCUUUUUCGUCGAUCAUGCAUACUUUGGACUACCCAGUGGAGAUGUGAUCUUCUUUAAUCAAGGAACUUUACCUGCAGUUAGUCUUGAUGGUAAAAAGUUUCUUCUUUCAUCGAAGAGCUCAUUAUAUCAAAGUCCUGAUGGUAAUGGAGGAUUUUACAAGGCUUUACAUGAUAAUCAAAUAGUGGAAGACUUUGAAAAGAGAGGUAUUGAACAUGUUCAUGCAUAUUGCGUUGAUAAUAUCCUCGUUAAAGUGGCUGAUCCUGUUUUUCUGGGUUACUCUGCCCUUGGAAAUUAUCAGGUGACUACUAAGGUGGUUAGGAAAAGUGACCCUUUGGAAAAAGUCGGUCUUAUAGUGUUGGAUAAGAACACCCAAGCACCAUGUGUCAUCGAAUACUCGGAGAUAACUGAGCAGUUGAGUCAGAAAAGAGAUCCAACAGAUGCUCAUCUACUUUAUUUCCGAGCUGCAAAUAUCGUCACUCAUUAUUACAAGGUGGACUUUCUUAAACAGAUGGUUCCAGAGUGGAUCUCGUCAAGGAAACAUCUUCCCUAUCAUAUUGCUAAGAAGAAGAUCAAUUACCUUGAUAGUACGAGCGAUAGCAUCCUUACACCAAAGGAAGUCAAUGGUCUGAAGAUGGAACAGUUCAUAUUUGAUGUGUUUCAAUCGGUGAAACUUGACAGAUUUGGAUGUCUUGAGGUUGAUAGAAGCUUGGAAUUCUCUCCUUUGAAAAAUUCAUCUGGAACAGGAUUUAACUGUCCUGAAACUUGUAGAAAGGACUGUCUACGGCGCUCUACAGGAUGGAUUAUUGCCAACGGCGGGAAAGUGGAUACCUCCGACUCUCUAGUUGAGAUAAGUCCUUUAACUAGUUACAAUGGAGAAGGAUUGGAGUUUUCUUCUGGCCGAAUUUAUAAAAACGAAGAGAUAAUAUGA